AUGAAGGCCUCUUUCGCGUCAAUCUUCCUCGCCGGCCUGGUCACCAGCGCCGCAGCCCAAGACUUCAAGGCUGCGGAGUUCAAGGUCCAGGCUUCCGACUUCAAGGCCAACGAGCUCAAGGCCUCCAGCGCCCCCAAGGCUGUCGCCAUGUCCACCCUGCGUCAGCGCAAGGAGUCCCAGUUCGAAAAGGACAGGGCCGAUGGCAUGUACAAAAAGAACCGCUACGAGGUUGCCAGCGCCACCGAGUGCGUUGACGGCAAGGCGGGCGAGUACUCGUGCAACAACAUCGACCUCAAGGGCUUCAUCCGCCACCAGGACACCAACAGCCGCACCCGUGAGGGCAACGAUGUCUGGGGUUGGACCUCUCCCUCUGGCCGCGAGUUCGCCCUCCUCGGUCAGUCCGAUGGCACCGCCUUUGUCGAGGUCAACUCGGAUGGCAGCCUGACCUACGUCGGUCGUCUGCCUACACAGACUGUUGCGUCCUCGUGGCGUGACAUCAAGGUCAUCGGCAACCACGCCUACAUUGGCUCCGAGGCCCCCGACCACGGCAUGCAGAUCUUUGAUCUCCGCAAGCUGGAGAGGGCCGACAAGAAGAACCCUCCCACCUACAGCGUCUCCAGGGACUUGACUGCUCACUUCACGGGCUUUGGCAGCAGCCACAACUUGGUGGCCAGCGAGGACCGGGAUAUCAUUGCCGCUGUCGGUACCGCGUCGUCUCUCAAGUGCAAUUCUGGCCUCUGGUUCGUCGACGUGUCGAACCCUGCGCGCCCCCAGGACGCUGGCUGCCUGUCUGACGACGGCUAUGUGCACGAUGCGCAGUUGGUCAUCUACAACGGACCGGAUCGUCGGACAACCUACAACGGUGCUACAUACACCCACCAGGGUUGGUUGACCGAGGACCACAAGUAUCUGCUCCUGGACGACGAGCUGGACGAGCAAUACAUGAACGGUCCCGCCGCCGACCAGCGCACCACCACAUACGUUGUCGAUGUCACUGAUUUGACCUAUCCUGUUUUCAGGGGUAUCUAUAAAAGUCCUGUUAAAAGCAUAGAUCACAAUCAAUACAUUGUUGAUGGGCUAUCGUACCAGGCGAACUAUGGUUCUGGUCUGCGGGUGGUUAAUGUCACAUCGUUGGCCGAGGACGACACUGGUGCGCUCUUCGAGGAGACGGCCUUCUUUGACGUACGCCCAGAAGAUGACGAGCAAGGCGGUGCUGCUACCUUCAACGGUGCUUGGUCUGUCUACCCUUACUUCAACUCUGGGCACAUUAUCGUGUCGUCGAUUGAGAGGGGGCUGUUCAGCUUGAAGAUGAAGAACUAG